AUGCCAGUAGUCGAAGGAGAAGAAAGUGACUGGAGGAAAUUCGUGAAGGAGAACAUAGGCAAGGGAAGUGACAUCAAGGAAUUAAAAGACUAUGCGAUCAUCUUUGGGGAGCUUUACAGAUGCCUUCCAGGAGGAAUUUUGACCCGCUGCAUAGGGACAACAGAAGCAUGUGUGAAGCUCCAAGAGUUUGUAUUGGCAUCUGCAACGCAAGGGUUAUUACGGGCCAGAAAUGAAGAAACAAGCAGCCGAAGUUCAAGCCAAUUGCCCCAAGUGUUCAACAAUACCCUCCACCGAAGAAACAUUCACCAUCUCAUUCGCAGAAGAUUGGAAGGCUCCAUACUAGCAUUCUUUAUUGACGAGACUUUGCCAACCAACUCCAAGCAUGCUCGCAAGCUUAAAAAGACUGUAAAAAGGUACUUCAUAGAUGGGUCGACUCUCUAUCAUAAAUGGUUCAAUGGUGAACCAUUAAAAUGCUUGGGAGAGUCGGUAGCACAGCAAGUCAUGCAGGAAAUUCAUGUUGGAGAGUGUGACGAACGCCAAGGAAUGAAGAGGCUUCACUGGCAGCUGCUGAAUGUCAGGUAUUAUUGGCCUACCAUGAAGAACAAUGCAUACAAUUUUGUAAAGAAGUGCCACACAUGCCAAGUCCAUGCCAAUUUAAGCCACAAGCCUCCAAGUUAUUACAGGACAUGCGCACUCCCUGGCGAUACUUGGGGGCUUGAUUUGAUCUGA